CCAAAAGAAAGAACACAACAGCAGCAGAGGGCAGAUCCCCUCUUUCCCUCAUCUCCAUCUUUGACAUUCUUUUUCACAUGAACCAAGCAGCCCCGCACCCAAAGACCAUGAACUCCUCCUCCACCUAACCCUUUACUCUCCCACUCGCCACUUCCCGCUCGCUCGCUCCAUCUCCCACCUCCUACAAUGGGUUGCUUAAUGGGCUGCUUCGGGCUCUCUUCCAAGCGCAAGCGCAGAAAACCACCCAGCCGAAUCCUACCCAGAGAUCAAGGAUUCGGCAGUUACGAGCAGUUGGGUAAUUCUGGGGCUAUGGAUGUCGAGUCAAAUGAGGAGAUGAUGAGGAAGCAGACGAAGAAGGCGCCUUUGAAGGGAAAGAUCAGGAAGAAAGUGAGCUUCAAUUUGAAUGUCAUGGCUUAUGAGCCGAUUUCAUCCCAAGACGAUUCGUCGUUGAGCCUUUGGGUUGGGGAUGAAGAUGGAAAGACAGAGGAAAUUGGGAACAAAAGAGGGAAAACAGUUGAAGAACCACCUUCUUCUCCUGCAGAAGAAGAUCCAAAAGCAACAAAACUGUCGUCUUACCCAUCCAAUUACAGAUAUCGAAACUGUAUCGACCACUUUGACGAAGACGAAGCAGAAGAAGAAGAAGAAGAAGAAGAAGAAGAAGAAGAAGAAGAAGAAGAAGAAGAUGACUUUUACGACGAGAGUGAUUUGGAUUCCGAUGAGGACUACGAUGAGGAGGAGGAAAAAGAGGAAGUAGAGGGCGGUCAACUGGGUGAUAUUGAAGAGUUGAGAAGAAGAACUAUAGGAAUUCAAGACAAACAAGUCUCACAGCCAUUCAACUCUUUGCAAGUGAGUCCAAAUUCAGGGAAAUGGCCGGAGAAGAACGACCAGAAUGCUAGGGAGAGGAGUCAGUACAUACAUUCAGUGUUGAACCCAGUUGAGAAUCUGGCUCAGUGGAAAGAAAUCAAGGCUAAAGGGAAGCAGCAGCAGAAAAAGGAGAACACUGAGUCAAUGCUUCUUCCAGUUCAAGGAGUUGCCGUGGCUUCCAGCUUGUCAAACUGGUUAGCCUCUCCUUUAGUAAAUUGCCAACCUAAAACCGAGGUUGACAGAAGCUGUGCUCGAUCAUGGAGAAGCAGAGAGGAAUCAUUAGGCAUUACUGAUAUCACCAACUUAAGUACAUGAACAGGAGGAGAAACUCCAUGGAAUAUAUCUGAUGGAGUCAGCAUGAAGCUUAGUGUGAAUUAUUAAGGCCUUUGGUCGAUACAGUUGUUGGUUUGUUAUGAUGAUGUUGAUUGGUGGCUCUGUUGCGAG